CAGCACGCAAGCUUAGGAGGGAGAGGGAGGGGCUUUCUCGUUACCUCUCCGCCUACGCUUACCUGGAUGUGUAGUGUCGUAGAGCAACAAAGGGUCAAGGAGUGUCGGCAGCGGAUUGUGAGACUACAAUCAUAAAUAUCAACUUCAUAUAAUUUCCAUGUACAACAGAAGUGAUCUGAAGGCGCUUGAAACAGAGCUUCUGUGGAGACAAGCACUCACCACAGACCACAGAUUGUAUCUCGCCCCGGAUGAGCAUCAAGAAUUUUUACUCCGAUGUACUUGUGGCCGCUCCGGGAAGAUGACGGCGAUUUUCCCGAUAACUCUGCUCAUCGGCCUGAUGUUUGCCAGCGUUUGUGGAUUAGACGUGAACGUGACUCGGGACUCCUACUGGGCGCGAGAGAAUGACAACAUAACCCUGGGUUGGAAGUUCACCAGCCAUCCCAACAUGUCCCUCACCUUGCUUCGGAUCCGCUGCGAGUUCUUCAGGGAGGGUGAGGUCACCGUCCUCUUUCAACUACAGGACAGCGUGGUGGUUCAUUUGGUAGGACGGGUGCGGUGCGACUGGGAUGCUCUGGGAAGGGGACAAAUAAGUCUGCAACUGUCCAGCCUGCGAAUGGAAGACUCGGGCGUGUACCGGUGUCAAGUCAACACCAGCAAUCAUGUGGACUCUGGAAAAUAUCACGUCAUGGUCACAGCUAGUCCUGUCGACGGGACGCAGGCGAGACCGUCGACGGGCAAAGCGCUCAUCCUCAAGGGACUUCUCCUGAUUGGGGCGGCGGCGGCGGCCGCUGCGGCAGCCAUUGCCGCAGGCUACCUAUUCUCACUGAUGCAGCUUUGACAUUUUGUGCCAAAUGGAGCCUUGCCACUGGCUGCACAAAAUGGCUGCAUUUGUAUUGUUGGGAUUCUUUUUAUGACAUGAGAUUGUGCUUGCAUAUGUCAAAUUAAAAUUUUGAUGGGAUGAUAA